AUGUUCGCAGGUCCAUUAGAAUAUUUUCACAACCCCAUUGAAGUUUACUUCUGUAUGAUUGUAAAGAGUGAAAAAAAGAAAAUCGGAAAAAUGGCGUGCAAUUCGGCGACUUGCCAAUCCGGUUGCUACGGAGAUGAACAUUCCGUCGACGAAGACGACCAGAAACGGCCGCCGGUGCAGGAAGACGGAGUUUCGGCUGGUGGCGGAAACUUCAAUUGCGACGGCCUCUGCAUCAAGUGCAAGGUUAACGAAACUAUCGCCGCCACCCACCCCGCUGUUAGUGAAGGCGGCGGAGACCGCGGAAGAUUCUGUGCCGAUUGCUUUCGGAGUAAUUUAUUCGGGAAGUUUCGCUUCGCUGUCACUUCGAAUGCAAUGAUUUCGUCUUCCGAUAAUGUUCUCGUCGCGUUCUCUGGUGGUCCUUCCUCUAGGGUGGCUCUUCAAUUUGUUCAUGAGAUGCAGCAAAAAGCACAGAAGAAUUUUGAAGCAAGUAGAGAUAGAUUGUUACCAGUAUUUGGAGUUGGGGUCGCCUAUAUUGAUGAAAGUACCAUUUAUCCAGUUUCUUCUCAUGAUUAUGAUGGAGCAAUCAAUCAGAUGAAACUCAUUGUGGCAAGUUUAGCACCGCCGGCCAAACAAUUUUUUGUUGUUCCAACUCAAAGUAUUUAUUCACAUGAUUCUACGGAUGGAAAAGAUCGAUUGACUGAGUUAUUUGGUGCUGUCAGUGAUAUUACUGGAAAAGAAGAUCUACAAGUGCAUCUCCGCAUGCUAUCUUUGCAGAAGGUUGCUCUUGAAAAUGGAUACACCAAAGUUGUGAUGGGAACAUGCACAUCCCAGAUAGCAUGUCAUGUCCUUGAAGCAACUGUCAAGGGACAGGGUUUCUCAUUAGCUGCGGAUAUCCAGUAUGUUGAUGCUAGGUGGAAGAUACCGGUGGUUCUUCCUCUUCGUGACUGUCUAUCUGAAGAGUUGAACAUGUGCUGCAUUUUGGACAGUUUAAAGACUGUAGAAGCAUUUCAGCGACCUCGCUCUGGCAUCAAUGGCUUGAUAUCAUCAUUUGUUAAAUUAUUGCAGGAGGAAAAUCCUUCACGAGAAAGCACAAUUGUGAGGACAGCAGGGAAGCUCACACCUUUCUGUUUCAACAGGAUUCCAGAAGUUGGUGAUAAUAAUGGCUGUUUGGCUACUAAGAGGCGGCAAAAGAAAUACAACUUGAAGCCCAGUGAAUCUCUACCCCCUGAGUCUUACUGCCUUAUAUGCAAUAAUCCACUUAAGAAACCCAACGGCACAAGUUCAAACCAUUUUCACGAUGGGAGAGCAAGUUCUGAAAUUUAUGCAUCUACAUGCUCAAGUUGCCAAUAUCAGAUUCUUCCAAAGGAUCCCACAUUACUGGAGAACUUCUUUUUGCUGCUUCCUCAGUCCAUGACAACCCUGGCUAAGGAUAGCCGUGACAACCACAAGUUGCUAAGAGACCAAAUACAAGAUUGUCUGUUGUCAGAUAGCGAUGAUGGGGCCUGAAUCUGUGAUUUCCCGCUCAUCGAUGUACAAUAGAGUGUAGGCAGUCUUUGCCAUGUUCUCGUGCUAGAGCAUUAGUCUCUGCAUUCCUUGACUGGGCAAGCGAUGACUUGCAGCUGGAAGCAGGAUAGAGGAAUGAAUUAGACUCCGUACAUUAUUGUUACAUGUUAGUAGAUGGUUUGCCCAAAAUGGAGCCUGAAGCAAACAGAAAGAAGCAAUCACUUGGCUUUUGAUACUAUUUGGAGGUGUAAUGGUUUUAACUCAAGUUGUGAUUCUAGUGUUAACAUGACACUGCUUGCCUGAAUGAUAUUAUUAUGAAAAGUGUAGAGUUGCUUUUUUGAAAA